AUGAGAAAUCUCCAAACUACUAGGGGAAACAAAAGUCUAGAAUAUGAGGAUUUCUGUGUGCAACAUGACAUUGAUUUGCCUGUAGGGUACAAACUGUCAAAAUUUGAUACUUUCAAUGGAAUUGGUGAUCCUCAUAAACAUCUAAGGGUGUAUUGUGACAAGCUGGUAGGAGUGGGGAGAGAAGAAAGGCUCAGAAUGAAAUUGUUCAUAAGAAGUUUAUCUGGUGAAGCUCUUGCUUGGUACACACAACAAGAUCUCCAUAAAUGGCGUGGUUGGAGUGAUAUGGCACAAGACUUUAUGGAUCGAUUCAAGUUCAACACCAACAUCAUACCAGAUAGGUUCUACCUCACUAAGUUAAAGAAGAAGUCUACUGAGACAUUUCGUGAGUAUGCUCUACGUUGGAGGUCAGAAGUAGCUAGAGUCCAACCACUGAUGAGUGAAAGUGAAAUGACCGCUACCUUCAUUGAAUCCCAAGAUAACAAUUUUUACUAUGAGAAAAUGAUAACCAUGAUGGGACAAAAGUUCACAGAAAUCAUUAGAAUGGGAGAAAUCUUGGAAGAAGGAAUCAAAUCAGGAAGAAUUCAAGACUUUACAGCCUUGCAAGCUGCAAGCAAAGCGAUUCAAUAUGGUUCUAUCAAUGGGAACAAAAAGAAGAAAGAAGAUGUAUCUGCUGUCAUGAUUGACCAAGGGCGUAGGCCAAGUUAA